AUGUCGACGCUCGUUCAGAUCACUUCCAAGGAGCAAUUUAGCUCCCUUCUGACAUCUUCUACUUUCGUCGUGGCCGAUUUCUACGCUGAUUGGUGUCAACCAUGCAAUGCAAUCGCCCCGGCCUACGAAAAGCUGGCUUCGCAGCUCUCGCGCCCAAACCGGAUCACCUUUACCAAGAUCAACGUUGACCAGCAGCAGGACAUUGCCAAAGCAUAUAGCGUUACAGCGAUGCCUACAUUCAUUGUCUUCCAAAGAGGGCGUCCCGUGUCGACCGUCCGCGGCGCAGACCCCCAGAAGCUCUCCGAAGCGGUCCGCAAACUCGCAUCGGAGGCAAACAAAAGCGACGGAUCCGACGAAGCAUCGGGUGAGACCAGUGGAGGAGGCGUGGGUUGGGUCGGCGCUGCCAUCCCUAAAGGCUACAAUGAAAUCACGGACCAGCAUGAUUCUAAGGGCCUGGAACUGCUGAACCGGGAUAGUGAUUUUGGCAUGGCGAAAACCCUCUUUGACUCGUCAAAACCGUCGUCGCUGAACAGUAACGGGAAAGGAAAGGCGGGCGGUGCUGCAGACUGGGUCGAGAGCGAUACCGACGAGCAGCUGAUGCUUUUUAUUCCUUUUAACUCGACUGUUAAGGUUCACUCGCUACAUGUGACCUCACUUCCACCCGCUGAGGAUGCCGAACGCGACGACGACGAAUUGCCCAUGCGGCCGAAGACUCUGCAGCUCUACACUAACCGUACGCAUGUGCUGGGAUUCGACGAGGCUGAGGACAUCCCCGCGGUGCAGACCGUCACCAUCGAGCCGGGCGACUGGGAUUCCAAGACGGGCACGGCAAAGAUUGACCUGCGGUUUGUCAAGUUCCAGAGCGUCACGUCGUUGGUCAUGUUCUUCGUGGACGGUGAUGGAGACAGCGAGAAGUUGCGCGUGGACCGGGUCCGCAUCUUUGGAGAGGCGGGUGAGAAGAGAGAGAUGGGCAAGCUGGAGAAGAUUGGUGACGAGCCGGGAGAAUAA